AUGGCUGAACUCCUGAACAGCAUACUCAAUGUGAUCAAAGCUUUCCAUAUGUAUGCCAAAGAGAACUGCACUUCACUAUCCAAGAAGGAGUUGAAACAGCUGCUCUUAACUGAAUUUGGAGACAUCCUCCAGAGACCAAAUGACCCAAAGACUGUGGAAAACAUACUGACCCUCUUAGACCUAGACUUAGAUGGACAGGUUGAUUUUCAAGAAUACCUCUUGUUGGUGUUCCAGUUGGUCCAAGCCUGCCACCGAAAGCUAGGUAAGAAGUCAUGUGGUCACAGAACCUCCCAGCAGGAAGUAACCCAAGACACGGGCAGAACACACAGGCAGAAGCACGAGGGAGAGAGGCAGAACCCCUUCCACCCACAGUCUGAGAGACAAAGUCAGGAUGCCCAACACAAUCAGUCUGAGAGAAAAGAUAGGGAUUUCCAUCAKGGUCCAACUGAGAGACAGGGCCAGGACUUCAGCUAUGAUCAGUCAGAGAAACAAAAUAGGGAUUCGGACCAUGGUCAGUCAGAGGGACAAGACAGGGAUUCCUAUCAUGGCCAAUCAGAUCAAUAUGAAAGACAAGGUCAAGAUUCUGACUGUGGUCAAACACUGAGUCAUGAGUCUAGCACUGGCCUGCCAAAAGAGCAAGAAUACAUUUUUGCUUGCAAUCUAUCUGAGAAACCAGUUCAGUAUUCUCACUACGGUCAGUCUGAAAGGCAUGAACAACAAUCAAGCUGUGGCCAACAGGGACAGAGUUCCCACUAUGGCCAGACAGACAGACAGGGUCAGGGUUCCCACUGUGGUCAGUCACAGACUGGGGAAACUGAAAUACUAGGACAAAACAGAUGCUCCCAAGGGACUCGGGGAACAGGAAGAAGCUCAGAUGGUGAACAGUCAGGAAAGUCGGGGAGAGGCAAUCAGCAGAAGCAAAACCAGAGACAGGAGUUCCAGCCCAGGGAGGAGCAAAAGCAGAACCUGCAGCCUUGGAAGCCUGAGGCAGACAGCCAACACCACCAACACAAACUCCUAGGGCAAAUCCAGCAAGAAAGGCCGCUUUGCCAUGAAGGGCAAUCAGGCAGGAGUGAGCAGAGCCACAGGCAGGUCCAGACCAGGCAAAGCCAGGACGAGGAGCAGAGCCACAGAGCAGAGGAACAGCGCCAUCAACGCUGGGAUAGACACAGCCGUGAGGGUCAGGAGGGCCCAUGUGAGGCCCAGGAUGGAAGGAGCCACRAAGAGGAAAAGCACCAUCAGACAGAGGACAGACAGACCUCUGCAGACGAACAGAAGCGCCAGAGACAAAAUAGACCAACUCACAAAGAGGAUCACCACCAMCAACAACAGGAUAAACAGAACCAUGAGAAGACAGACAGGUACAAGGGGUCCCCAGGUCAACAAUCCCAAGGACCCCAGCAAAGGUUUCCCAACAGAGAGAAAUUCCACAUGAACGAGGAGGACCACAGCCAAAGCUCCCAAGGGGGACGAUUUCAUCCAGCCCAAAGCCGUGGAAGGCUCCAGAAAAGUGAACAGGGUGGAGGUCACCCCACCAAGACUGCUAAUGUCCCCAACCCCUUUUAYGCCUACGUUCAAGAGCUGAAACGACACAACUACUAG